AUGGAGCCCCGCAAGCCGCCGCCUUCGACGACAGCUCCGCCGGCCACGGCGGCCAGCGAGAUAACAGGAGGUCCAAGUCCAGCUGGGGCCGUGACGGCGCUGUCCGGGUCGCCGAGGCAGGCUCCCUCAUCGUCGUCCCAUGGCGCGGCGGUGGCCGUGACCGCGAGCCUGCUGGCCGCCGCGGGGCUCGGCGGCGGGGCGCUGCUGGCGUGGUGGGCGGUCGCGUUCCGCCGCGCGAACGCGAUGCUGUGGAUGGUGCCCGCGGGGCUCGUCCUCCUCGGCACCCCGCUCAUCGCGUGGCUCUCCGUCCUCGUCGCCUCUGGCACGGCGUCCCCGCCCCGGUCCCCUGCUGACGAUUUAGGCUCUGCACAGCUGAGCUAA